AUGCGAUUUACCUUUUCACCGUCACCUAUCCUCACGACAUGGAUCCCUCCCUUUCAGACGCGUCCUCCUCUUGCCGCCUGUUGUUCUGGAUAUGGAUUUGGCUGGGCUCAACUCGACUCCGGCGCCAGCUCGCUUCUCCUUCACAGCACUUCCAGCGGUGGCCUUGGACUCGUUUCUUCCCUAACCCCAUCACAUCUGCCAACUUCCAGUUUAUUAACCCCAAGACUGGAGCAUUUACGCACUUCAUUCAUUAACUCUUCAUACCCCAGUGUACCUGACGCCACCUUAAACGUGCGCCAGCGCGACGGACUGAAUGUAUCUAUUCGAGAGGCUGCUGGAAAAACACGAAAGUUUGCUUUGCAGGAGCAGAUCGCUCCAAAAGCGUCCAAUGCUGAAACUUGUCUUAACACCAACAAUGGAGCUGGAAGAGAUUCUUCAUGUCUUGAAUCUGGUGGCAUUCCCCUCCCAGUGAGUUACAUCAAUUUUUAA